CGGCAUUGAAAAAAACACGACGUCGGAUCUCUGGGCUUCUGAACAUUUCCCGCCAUCCUUUUGGACGCCUCUGGCUCGCUCUGAGCUCGCGGAGGCCUCCCGAGGCCUCCCGCAUGGGACCUCCGGGGGCCUUCGCCAGGGAACCUCGGAGCACCUCCGGGAGCCAGGAGCCGGAGCGGAAGCCCCGCAGAGCCAUUGUGACCCCAGCCGUGCGGCGCGCGUGCCCGCGCCCCCCCCCCGCUGCGGCCGAUGGUGCUGUCCGGCAGGCCGCCGCUCUCCUCUUUCGCGGGCCUGGAGCUCCGGGACUACUACGCGGCGGCCUGCCCGCACUGCAAGCACCUGGAGCCGGCGUGGCGGCAGGCGGCGGCGGAGUACUCGGGCCCGGUGAAGUUCCGGCAGGUCGAGUGCGCGGAUGAGAAUUGGGCGCCCGUGGGCGCCAACCAGAAGCUCUGCAAGGGCAUCGGAGGCUACCCGACGAUCAAGCUGUUCAACGGCGACGAGGAGGUGGCGGAGUACAGCGGGGACCGCACUGCGGCCAGCCUGAAGGCCUUCGCCGAGGAGCACGAGAAGGUGACCGCCGCGGCGGCACCCGCCGCCCUGUGCCUGGCGCCGGCGCCCGUCGGGCCUCGGCAGGCGCGGCGGCGUGCGCGGACCAGCGGCAGCGCCGGUGCCGGGCGCCGCGCUGCGGCGGCUGCGUUCUUGUGACUGAGCAGUGAGGAGGGCGGGGCGGCGGUAGACGGAGGAGGAG